UUGCGCAUGCGCACUUAAUAACCCGGAACUAGAGUCCAAAACAGAGCAGAGCAGCUUCUGACGGUUUUUCAGUGAAACUCUGCAGAUUUAAAAAUUAAAAACAUGCAGCUUCACUUCACCAAAGAUGUUUUACCGGACUCAGUCAGCACCGACUUCCAGAACCUCAACAAAUUCAACGAGCAGCAAUUUCAUCGUCUGAUUGAAAUUCUGUGCCAGUUUCUUCUGGAGCCUAAAGAGACGGAGAGGUUCAUGCAGCACCUCACUGAGUUCGCAGGGGAACAUGGGAUGAGCGCCGGUCCUCUGAGGAACCUGAUGAAGAGCGUCCUCCUGGUGCCGCAGGGAGCCCUGAAGAAAAACCUGACAGCAGAGCAGAUCAAAGACGACCUUUUGACCUUAGGACUAAAUGAGGAAAAGGCGGCUCACUUUGCACAGCAGUGGGGGGAGCACUAUGCAGCACUGUCCAGACUCGCUGUGGGACAGACUCUCAUGGUCAACCAGCUGGUGGACAUGGAGUGGAAGUUUGGAGUGACUGUCGGCACCAGUGAGAUUCAGAAAGUGGGAAACGUCUUCCUGCAGUUGAAGCUGGUGGUCAGAAAGGGGAAUUCCACUGAGAACGUUUACAUGGAGUUGACGCUCCCUCAGUUUUACAACUUCCUACACGAGAUGGAGAGAGCCAAGGCCAGCAUGGAGUGUUUCAGCUGAGUGUGUGUGUGUGUGUGUGUGAAUGUAAGAGAGUAUGUGUGUUCACGUUAGGCUCUAGCUGCAGGACAGUGUGUGGUAUGUAUUGCAUCAUUUUAUGUGUGUGUGUGUGUGUGUGUGUGUGUGGCACUGCCAGCCCUCAAAUGACUGAAACUAAACACAAAAACAAACAUUUAUACACAAAUCUACUAAUAAAAUAAAUAAGAAGAAAACACUGA